CUGCAGCAUCCAGAAACGGUCAGCAGGGGGAACACAUGCCAAGGAAAAAAGAGCAGAAUUACCUCAAACAGAGAAACAGGUAAGUUGGGCGUGGCUAACAGGGGUGUGUGAGGAAAAGGCCGGUAUCAGGUAGAUCAGCAUUCCCAUACCCACGACACGACACGAGAAGAGGCUUCGAUUAACUUCAAACAAAUACGUUUUUACUUUACUGAACUGCACUCUUUGGGGAGAGAAAAAGGUAAAACAAAAAAAAGUUACAAACUAAAAGUCGUCUCGGAUCGUGUUGGAUUCCAGGUGGAUUUUGUCCUGAAGAUGAACUCUGCCAGAUAUGAAUACGACAGCCACAAUGGCCGCUCUGAGCGCAUCGACUUCUUAACAAGCAAAGAGAAGGUACCAAAGAAGAGGAAUAUCGGCAUCCUGAUUGGCGUUCUUGUGGCGUUUCUCAUCCUCGCAGCUGUCGCAGCAUUCCUAAUUUGGCUUUUUGUUUUUAAAGAUGCUGAAUCAGACGGCAUCACUGGAAAGCUACUCACCAAAUCAGAACAGGUGUUCAGUGGACGAAUGAAGCUGCAGAAUGUGCCAUAUAACCAAAAUCUGGAGAACGCCCAAAGUCAAGAAUUCCAGCAAUUGUCUAAUAAAUUGGAGGCAGUUCUGGGGGAGCUGUACCAGACUGAUCCAUUUCUUGCAAAAUACUACACUAAAUCUACAGUCACUGCAUUCAGCGAAGGUGUGAUGGCCUAUUACUGGUCCCAGUUUGACAUUCCACCCAGUGACUUGGAGAUCGUGCCAGAGUUCUCAGAAGAGCGGAUAUUGGAUGCACUGGAAGGUGGCAUUAAGGAUCAGCGCAUGAGGUUUAGCAGCAGUGGUAUCCAAAUCACUGAGGUCACUGCCUCACUCACAGAUGCUCGCAUGGCCAGGGACCCCAGAGAUGAAGACUGUUUCUACACCCUGGAAGCUGUUGAGAAGGCGGAAACAUUUACAUCCCCGGGAUACCCUCAGCACUAUCCCUCAAAGUCUCGGUGUCAGUGGCAAAUCCGAGCCUCAGAGGAGGACACAAUAUCUGUCAGUUUUCCCUAUUUCAACAUUGAAGAUGACUGCUCCAAUGAUUUUGUCUCCACCUUUGACUCUUUGAGUCCUGACUAUUCUCGGGCCAUCACAAAGAAAUGUGGUCAAAGGCUUCCCUCCAAUCCUCUGGAGGUGGUGUCAUCUGGCAACAUCAUGCUGAUUACCUUUAUUACUGACGCUAAGGUUCAGAAACCUGGCUUUGAAGCCAGUUAUAGAUCCAUCCCAAAGACUAAAGUCCAAACAUGUGGUGGUAUCCUUUCUGGAAAUAAUGGAAGUUUUACUUCACCACUUCACCCCAGCUUCUAUCCACCUUCCACAGACUGCAAAUGGACCAUCCAGGUCAGUCAAGGGAAAGAGGUACGGGUGAACUUUAAGCUAUUCCUCAUUAAGGAGCCAGGUGUGGACGUCCGUGUGUGUCACAAAGACUAUGUGGAAAUUAUGGGAACCAAGUACUGUGGAGAAGUGUCCUCUUUGUCUUUGACCAGUAGCACCAACGUCCUAGAUGUGUCCUUUCAUUCUGAUAAGUCCUACACUGACAAAGGCUUCAUUGCAGAGUACACCGCCUAUGAUCCAGCUAACCCUUGCCCUGACAUGUUUGCUUGUAAAACUGGCAUUUGCAUCGCAAAUUCACUGAAGUGCGACGGCUGGAACGACUGCGGCGAUAUGAGCGAUGAGAAGCAGUGCCAAUGUGAUAAGGAUCAGUUUUCCUGCAGUAAUGGUUUGUGCAAACCAAAGCUCUGGGUGUGUGAUCGUAACAACGACUGCGGAGAUGGAAGCGAUGAGAAACUAUGCAGUUGUGAGCCAAAUGAGUGGCGCUGUGGGAAUGGGGUUUGCUUGCCCCAGGAUGUUGUGUGCAACAAUAAAAUGGACUGUGAAGAUGGAAGUGAUGAGGCCUCAUGUAAAUCCUCUCCAGGUAUGUGCUCCGACUUCAGCUUUGUAUGUAGUAACAAAGAAUGUGUCAACAAGGUGAAUGCCGAAUGUGACCGAGUCAACGACUGUUCCGAUAACUCGGAUGAGGCUAAUUGUGAUUGUGGUACUAGGCCAUACAAGCUGAAUCGCAUUGUAGGAGGGCAGAAUGCUGAGCUUGGAGAGUGGCCCUGGCAGGUCAGCCUUCACUUCAUGACUAAAGGGCAUGUUUGCGGUGCCUCAGUUAUCUCUAAGACGUGGCUCCUUUCCGCCGCCCACUGCUUUGUCUCCAUCACCUCUCCACAGAACCAUGUUGCAUCAAACUGGCAAACCUACAGUGGCAUGCAGGACCAGAUAAAGAUGGAUGGUGUUCUACGUAAAGUUAAGAGGAUAGUUCCUCACCCGGAUUACAAGGAAGACACCAGUGACUACGAUAUUGCGCUGCUUGAGCUGAGUGUGCCUUUGGAGUACACCAACACCAUCCAACCCAUCUGCCUACCCUCUUCCUCCCACGUCUUCCCCGCAGGCAUGUCCUGCUGGAUCACAGGCUGGGGUGUACUCCGAGAAGGAGGUCAAACUGCACAGAUCCUUCAGAAGGCAUUAGUGAAAAUCAUCAAUGACACUGUGUGCGACGCAGUCACCAACAACCAAGUCACUUCCAGGAUGCUCUGCAGUGGAUUCUUGGCUGGAGGAGUUGACGCAUGCCAGGGAGACUCCGGAGGUCCCCUGGCAUGUUUCGAAGAGAGUGGGAAGUGGUUCCAGGCCGGCAUAGUGAGCUGGGGCGAGGGCUGUGCUCGUCGGAACAAGCCCGGUGUCUACUCACGCGUCACCAAGCUUAGAGACUGGAUCAAAAAGGAGUCAGGGAUUUGAUGAUGAUGUGAGGAGCAGGGAGGGAUGCAGAGUGGGGAACAUCAGAGAGCUAAAAAUAAUGGAGGCGGAACAUUUUAGUCUGAUUUGGGACAAGUCUCUCGGAGAUUUAUUCAUUUAGCAGCAGGCUGAGGAUGCUGUUGCAUGGGACCCAGCUUCUCACAUGAAUGACUUUAUGAACUAUAUCUGGUUGCCAGUCCCCUCAGGAGCUCCUUCAAUCCACACUUUCACACACUUACACUACAUUGUAUUUCUUUUUGUAAAGUUUUUAGACUUUUGUUGCCAUAUUGUUUCAUGCCUCCAUGAGUUUUAAAUUUAAAUUUCAGAUAUAGAUUCAGAACAUUUUUACAGAGCUUUUAAAAGUGAUUUAAUGUUUGUUUUUAAGAUUUACUGUCUUCUUUAUCUAAACUGGUUUAAAGCUUUCAGCUUUUUACUAGAGUGAACAUUCCUGUUACUUAAGGGCUCAGGCAGUAAUUGCCUAUAAAUUUAGGGAUUAUUUGACAAAUACUAAAGUGAAGGGGAGAAAAAAACAAAAAAGAGCCAAUGCAAUAUUCACAUUGAAGCAUUUUAAUAUCAUGCUAUAUGCAUGAAAACCAGAAGCUGCCUGCAAGGUAAAAAGUGCAUAAAUCAAUAUAAAAGCCUGCCGUUUGUUUUGGAAAACAACCAGCAGUAAAUUUAACAGAUUUGUAAUCGUUGAACUAAAAUAAGUAAAAGUACCAGUGUGUUCCUUGAAAAUUGACACUUGAGUGAUUCCUGAGUUUAGCAGGCAUCUCAGAUAAUUAUUUCUCUUCUAUAUUUCCAUGUACUUACUGGACUUGCUAGAAUGGGUGGGCGGAGGAUGACUACUGGGUACAAGUCUCAAUUUAAACUCGGGAGGAUUUGUGUCUUCAGACACCUGAGAGACAAAGUCAAUCACUGGUUAUUCUUAUUCUUAUACUUUUUUUUUUUUUUUUUACUCACACCCCAUUAAUAAACCCAACAAAUUUCACUUGAUGGCUUCUAUGACACUAUUUGUCAAACUUUAAAACUGUGUCUCCCUGAAUUGCAUAUUAAAGACUUGCAUAAAUAUUUAUUGAAGGGUGGAAGAUUAGGAAGAAAUUAUUGAGAUUAUCCAUCAGGUUGCCUAUUUAAGUAGUUAUGUCAUGACUUUUAAACUAUGCAAGUGUAAAUUUGUAUUAAGUAACCAUUGGAGAGGCCACAUCUUUUAGAAGAUAUUUUACUGAUGCAUACUGUGAUUUGGAUUUUAAACUUUCUCUGUCUCUCUUUGUGUAUGCGUUUUUAUCUGUUUUUUUUUUUUUACAUUGGAGUCAUGGUAAUAAACAUCUUUUCUCUGA